GAAGAAGAAUUAGUGAAUUUAAGAAAAUUGUAUGCAGAGAGUAAAGAAGCAAACGAAUCUUUUGAAAAAGAUCGCGACCAAUUAAAAACCUUGUUAGAAACAGAAAGGAGUGAAAGAAAACAGGAAGUAUCUGAUCUUGAAGAAGCCAGAGAACUUCUGAUCUCUCAGAAACUUGAACAACAAAAUAAAAUGGUGGCUCUACAGACAUUACUAGAUGAGAAAAAAGGAGAACAAGAUAAGAUAAAAGAAGAAGCUGAAAAGUUACAAGAAAAACUUAAACACGAAAAUGAAAGUUUAAAAAAACACUCAGAAAAUAGUGAGAAGAAGAUGAAAGAAAGAGAGAAGCAGUAUGAAGAAGAUAACGUGAGAACGGAAAUGCAGCUGUCAGUAUUAAAUGAAAACCUUACGACAAUCCGCGGAGAUUUGACCGUGACCCAACAACAGCUUGACGACGCCAAUAAACUGAACGAUGAAUUGAAGGGUGAAAAAUUAGAAUUAGACGCGAAAUUAGCCAAUAAUAAUGAUGAAAGACGUCUGCUUGUAGAAAGAUGUUUAGCAAGUGAAACAGAAUGUGAGAGACUACGAGAGAAAGUGACGGAAUUGAGGCGGAAACUGGAUGAUACUGAGGCUGCACUACAGGAACUGGGCCGUGAAAAUCAAACAUUGCAGAUAACAUCAACUAAAGUAACCAAUAGAAAAUGGACAGAUGAUACAGAAGCAACAGACUGUUCGGCAUGUCGUAAAGCUUUCUCUGUCACCAACAGACGGCAUCAUUGCCGUAACUGUGGACAUAUCUUCUGUAAUGACUGCUCGUCCAAAACAGUGCCUCUGGCGGCGUCGAAAAAACCUGUGCGUGUGUGCGAUGCCUGUUUUACAGAGGUCAGCAACAAAAGAUGA